AUGGGGAGCAUGGUGCCUGGCACCCUCCUGAUCCUCCUGGCUGCCUCACCAGGCCAGACCCAGACCUGCGCAGGCUCACACUCGCUGAGGUACUUCUACACCGCCUUGUCCCGACCUGCAAUCAGCGAACCAUGGUACAUCGCUGUGGGCUACCUGGAUGACAUUCAGUUCGUGCGCUUCGAAAGCGCAGGGGAGACUGCGACAUAUAAGCUCCGUGUGCCAUGGGUGGAGCAAGAGGGGCCCGAGUAUUGGGCGAGAGAGACAGAGAUCGUCACAAGCAAUGCACAGUUUUUCCGCGAGAAUCUGCAGACUAUGCUGGACUACUACAACCUGAGCCAAAAUGGCUCUCACACCAUCCAGGUGAUGUAUGGCUGUGAGGUGGAGUAUUUCGGGAGCGUCUUCCGCGCUUAUGAGCAACAUGGCUAUGAUGGCCGCGAUUACAUUGCCCUGAAUGGAGAUCUGAAAACGUGGACAGUGGCGGACAUGGCAGCAGAGAUCACCCGAAGCAAGUGGGAGCAGGCUGGUUAUACAGAGCUCCGUAGGACCUACUUGCAGGGUCCAUGCAAGGAUUCACUGCUCAGAUACCUGAAGAACAGAAAAAAUACACAGGUGUGCACAGAUCCUCCAAAAACACAUGUGACCCAUCACCCCAGGCCUGAAGGUGAUGUCACCCUGAGAUGCUGGGCCCUGGGCUUCUACCCUGCUGACAUCACCCUGACCUGGCAGUUGAAUGGGGAGGAACUGAUUCAGGACACGGAGCUUGUGGAGACCAGGCCUGCAGGGGAUGGGACCUACCAGAAGUGGGCAGCUGUGGUGGUGCCUUCUGGGGCAGAGCAGAAAUACACAUGUCAUGUGUACCAUAAGGGGCUGCUUGAGCCUCUCACCCUGAGAUGGGAGCCUCCUCAGUCCAGUAUGCCCACCAGGACCAUUGUUUGUGCUGUCCUUGGAGCUAUGGUCAUCUUAGGUUUUAUGAGCGGAAGUGUUAUGAUGUGGAUGAUAAAGAACAAAGGUAGAAACAGAGACGAAAACACUGCUGCAUGUCAGAAUGAGGGGGAACAGCUGCCCCUGAGCACUCGAGGUGAAUCUGAGUCACUCAUGGUCGAAUCUGGGCUGAAGGAUCUUCCUCCAGACUCACCAGUGGUCUCCGGACAGUGUCUUGUUACUUCUUCUACUACAGGCAAGGACAGUUUCUGUCUUGUCUCUGGAGACUUGAAAAGGUGA